AUGAGCGACUAUCGUUCAAUAUCAGUCAUGCAUAACAUAAGACCGUUGGAGUUCAUUUCGAGGUCAGAUGAGCCGCAUCGAAGUCGGUCAUCGUCUUGGUCAUCGUGGAGAUGGCAGAAUAAUUCGCAAAGAUCAGAACCCAGAUUCUCUUUGCAGUAUCAGACGGACGAGAACAGCCAUCUUCUGCUUCGCCUGAAGAUAAUUGGAGCAUAUUCAUUGGCCAAAAAAGACAUAUUUGGCGCCAGUGAUCCCUACGUCCGUAUUGAGCUACAAAAAAUCGAAGGUGACGUCACGGUUGCGACCUUCCUCACGAAGACCAAGAAAAAGACGUUAAAUCCAGUAUGGAAUCAGGAGUUUUUAUUCAAGGUGAAACCCCAGGAGCAUAAGAUUUUAAUACAGGUUUUCGACGAGAACAGACUGACGAGGGAUGACUUCCUCGGUAUGGUGGAGAUACCAUUGGCCGGUGCCCCAACAGAAUGGCCCUCAGUUCCCCGCCCACCUCCCGCUAAGUACCCACUACGUCCGCGCAGGUCUGUUGCAAGGUCACGUGUACGUGGUUACAUCGAGGUGUACGCGGCCCUGGUGGGGCGCGUCGGUGAAACGGAGGAGGAAGCUCAAGCAAAUGCAGUCGCGGCGGCGCCAGAUGGUUGGGAGAUGGUCGAGCCGGAACCACAGACUGGGACCGUACAACCGGUUGCAACGUCGUGUCAGACGGUACCUUCCAUUACCGGAGAUGAUGAUUGGGAGUUGGUCGAGACAUCAUACUUGAACCAUUUAACCAUUGGCGGGGAUCCAUUACCACCGGGCUGGGAAGAGAGGCAGGACGCUAACGGGAGGACGUACUACGUCAAUCACAUAGCGAGAUCGACGCAAUGGGAGCGGCCGACUUUCACCCGUAACAUUAGCACGGAAACACAAGCGGAACGUAUGGAAACGGCCGCCACCGAGUUCCAAAGGCGGUUUCACAUUUCGGCCGACGAGGAGCACACGUCCAGCCCUUCAGCCUCCAAUCAUCAGGAGGAUAUAAGGGAUAGGCGAGCAGACAGCACCUCUACUGAGGUCACGCCAUUCUCCACACCGACCCGGUCGCCCGAACCGGCCGGCGAAAAUGUUCCUACAGAGACAGCUAAUUUAAGCAAUGACUGUGAUACUAAUAUAAGAGAAAAUAGAAAUGACGACGAUAACGAUGUUGUGGAGGCGCAAAUAAGCGAACAUACAGAAGUUGAAAACAACUUGGAGGUGGUUGAGGCCAAUGUCAACACUAUCGAAAAUGCUCAAGAGACAUGUCAUCAUGAAAACGCUAGCACUAGUCAAGUCGAUAGUGAAGACAAUAUUGCCGAUGUUGAUGAUACUGAAGAAUCUACAAGAGAUAACGAUAAUGUUGAUUUAUCAGAUAGGCAACAAAAUAAUGUUAGUACUUCUGUGCAACCUGAUUGCACAGAACAUGUGACCGAGGAGGCAGAAGGAAAUGAAAAUGCAGGCAAUUCAGGGGUUAAUGGUGCGGAAGAGCCGAGAACAACGACUGAGGCUGAAGAUGAAGAGGUCGAAUUAAUUGAAGUAAUAGAUGAAUCUUUGACUUUUGACGAAAAUCAUUUUAGUACCCCAACCGGAGGCACACCAGAGACCAGAACACCAACCUCCCGCCUAAGGAGGGCCACAGCCAGCUCUAUGGAUGAUACGGAGGACGAAACAGACGGAUCGACGGACAGUACAAGAAGUAGCAGUGCUAGCAGUUCCCAGAAUCUACCGAACAGCGAUGGAUUGCCACCCGGAUGGAGUAUGCAGCGAGCUCCAAAUGGAAGGAUAUUCUUCAUCGAUCACAACCAGAAGACAACUACGUGGAUUGAUCCAAGAACUGGUUGCGCGUCGAGCCUUCCGACGGCGGCACAGAGCAGCUCUGUGGCAGAGGCUGACGAGCUCGGCCCGCUGCCCGAGGGCUGGGAGGAACGCGUACACACAGACGGCAGAAUCUUCUUUAUUGAUCAUAACACGCGCACGACGCAGUGGGAGGACCCGCGGCUGUCCAACCCGCAGAUCGCGGGGCCCGCCGUGCCCUACUCGCGCGACUACAAGCGCAAGUACGAGUACCUCAAGAGCCAGCUCAGGAAGCCGAGCAACGUGCCGAACAAGUUCGAGAUCAAAGUCCGACGGAACUACAUCCUGGAGGACUCGUACCGCACCAUCAGCUCCGUCAGCCGCCUGGAUCUGCUCAAGACCAAGCUGUGGGUCGAGUUCGAGUCGGAAGUGGGUCUUGAUUAUGGCGGCCUGGCCCGGGAGUGGUUCUUCCUGCUGUCCAAAGAGAUGUUUAAUCCUUACUAUGGUCUAUUCGAGUACUCCGCGAUGGACAACUACACGCUGCAGAUCAACCCGAACAGUGGUGUCUGCAACGAAGAACACCUCAACUACUUCAAGUUCAUAGGCCGCGUGGCUGGCAUGGCUGUGUACCACGGGAAACUGCUCGAUGCAUUUUUUAUCCGUCCAUUUUACAAAAUGAUGCUGGGGAAGUCGAUCGCGUUACAGGACAUGGAGUCAGUGGACCUGGAGUACUACAACUCGCUAAUGUGGAUCAAAGAGAACGACCCGUCGGAAUUGUACCUGACGUUCUCGGUAGACGAGGAGCAGUUGGGAAAGAUGGUGCAGCGCGAAUUAAAGCCGGGUGGCGCCAAUAUCUCCGUCGACAAUGACAACAAAUUCGAAUACAUUAAAUUAGUUAUCCAAUGGCGCUUCGUAAGCCGCGUCCAGGAACAGAUGUACGCGUUCCUGGAGGGUUUCGACGGCCUGGUGCCGUUGCCGCUUCUCAAGAUCUUCGACGAGAACGAGCUCGAACUGUUGCUCUGCGGCAUCCAGCAUAUAGACGUCAGAGAUUGGAGGGCCAACACCUUAUAUAAGGGAGAUUACCACGCGAACCAUCUGGUGGUACAGUGGUUUUGGAGGGUUAUCCUUUCGUUCUCUAAUGAAAUGCGCUCGAGGCUACUCCAAUUUGUGACGGGUACGUCUAGAGUGCCAAUGAACGGCUUCAAGGAGCUAUAUGGCUCUAACGGUCCACAGUUGUUCACUAUUGAGAAGUGGGGAACGCCGGAGAACUAUCCCAGGGCGCAUACAUGUUUCAACCGGAUCGACUUACCGCCGUACGAUAGCUACCAACAGCUGCGCGAAAAGCUGAUAAAGGCGAUUGAGGGUUCGCAGGGCUUCGCGGGGGUCGACUGA